AUGGGGAAACUCGGCCGAUUCGCGUGCAUCUUCACGCCAAUGGCGUUGACGAUAGCAUCGCUCAUUUGUUUGGCGCUGGUCAUGUCCGGUCAGCUCAGCAAGAACUCCUCGAUACAGCGCGAUCUAUAUUUCUUCAAGGCGGACACAUCCAAAUUCAACGAUAACCCGGAGGCCAUCGACCUCCCUGGAAAUGACAACAUCGACAACAACCUGUUGGCGGCGCUGCAGGGAGCCGCCAGCACCGACGACGGCCUGAAGGACUUUUAUAAGGUUGGCUUGUGGAACUACUGCGAGGGCGAUAAGGACGAUAACGGCAAGGAAACCAUCACCUACUGCUCGCCGCGCAAGAACUACUUCUGGUUCAACCCGGUGGACGUCUGGGAGCUGUCCAACACGACUGCGCAGAAGAUCUUCCCUGAUGAGAUGCAGAAGGGGCUGAAUACGUACCAGAAGGUUGCCAAGUGGAUGUUUGCUUCGUACAUCAUUGCCAUCUGCUUGACUGCCGCCGAGUUCCUUAUUGGGUUCAGCGCCAUCUUCAGCCGCUGGGGUAGCUUGGUCACCACUAUUGUCUCGACUGCUCAAACCGUCUUUGUCUUCGCCGCCGCAACCACGUCGACCGCCCUCUACGCCACCCUCGUCGGCGUUUUCGAGAGCGUCCUCAAGCCAUACAACAUCAAGGCCUCCAUGGGUACCAAGAUGCUCUCCGUCCUCUGGCUCGGCGUCGCCUUCUCCCUCGCCUCCGGCUUUUUCUGGCUCAUCUCCGUCUGCUGCUGCUCCGGCAAGUCUGGCCACAAGAAGGUGGUUGUCGAGAAGACGCCAUACACCUACGAGCGCGUCGCGUCGCCUUACAUGGGUGUUUCAGGCAAUGCGCAUGAAAUGCACCCUCCCACCGGCCACGGCACAACAGGCAGCGCAUACGAGCCUUUCAGGCAUCAGCAGCACAACGUCUAA